AUGGAUCAACAGGUACCAAGAGUUGAGCUGGCCUUCCGUCCGAAGGAAAAUUUCACGGCACCUGUCAGCAAUAUUCGGAAUCAAGGGGACCAGGUAGUCGUGAGCACUGAGGCUAUGAAGCAGCAUGCAACCCAGGGGAGGAAAUAUGCACCCAAACGCAGUCCGAGAUAUACCAGGCCAGCGAUCGAAUCCCUGAAAAGCCCAUCAGAGAAGCAGGAAGCACCUGAGCAGAAAGGGAGUGUGGUACAUGACUGGUCCGAUGUCCCCGGACCAUUGCACGAGGCUGUGAUUGCCUCUCUGAAAGAAUUAUGCCAUGACCUAGAUACCCUCACCAGGUCCGGCUACAAGGUCCGCGAGAUGACGCAAGAGGACCUGGAAGGCUAUGCAAAGUGUAUGAACUGCGGAGAACGCAAGCGAGGUCUAGACGCCAAAUCAAAAACAGCUUGUUUCUACCACCCGACGAAACGCAAUCACCAGAAGAAGCAAUACAAGUAUCCGUGUUGUGGAAAGAGGCAGCCAUGCGCCUCACUGCCGGCGCAUGUUUACGCCCCCGUUCAGGAUUUUCUCCUGGAGAACUGGCAGAACUAUCGAUUUACACCGAGUUCAGUGUCAGGAAUUUGUACACCUCGGCGCGUGGUCGCACUCGACUGUGAAAUGGUCGAGGUUGAAGGGGGAAGUGCGGAAGUAGCGCAGAUCUGCGCCGUCGAUAUCUUGACCGGUGAAGUAAUUGUCGACAAAUACGUGGUACCGUCCAGGACGGUGACGGACUGGCGAACUCCUUGGAGCGGGAUGUCACAGAAACUUCUCGAGGACAUGAAACAGGCUGGAAAGACUGUCAACGGAUGGGAAGAAGCUCGGAAAGCACUGUGGGUGCACAUCGAUCCGGACACCAUCCUGGUUGGCCAGUCUCUCCAGCACGACCUCAACAUCAUGCGCAUGGUUCAUUUGAGUGUCAUUGACACAGCUAUCUUCUCUCGGGAGGCAGUAGCGAAAGGUUGCAAGCAAAACUGGGGGUUGAAGCGACUGUGCAAGCAGAUGCUCGAUCGAGAUAUUCAGCAAUCGCGCAGAGGACACGACUGCAUGGAGGAUACGAUGGCGACUAGGGAGGUGGUUCUCUGGUGUGUUCGGCACCCCGCCAAGUUCCAGGAGUGGGCUGCGUCCCAGAGAGUAUGGAUGAAGAAGGCCGAUGCACAUUGGAAAUGGAGGCAGAAAGAGUCGGAUCAGGUGCAGGCCAAGCACCCUCGAGAGAAUGUCUCCGAAGUACUGGCCGAAUAG